GUGUACACUAAACUUGUCAUGGACAAGCUUGAUGAGUUUAGGACAGGUACUGUUACUUACGUUGUAAUGCCUUUACAGAAAGGUGCAUUUAAGGUCACAGAGCCGUUACAUAAGGAUGGAUGGAUCGUUCUACUGAGCGAAUGCACCUGCACGUGUGGAAAGUUUCAAUCGAAGAAGUUUCCGUGUCUACACGCUCUAGCAGUCUGUACUUUUGCUCCUGUUCCGGAUGUAUCAGCUUGGCCGGAAGCUUCAGGAAUUCCGACAUUGUUCCCACCAGUCAUGUCUCUGCCACCGCCUCCAACUAGUCCUCGCACUAUUCAGAAGAAGAAGAGCUAAUCGCUUACCGUUUCUAU